AUGGGGAAGAAAUCGGAAGACGAGCUUAGUGAAACUUUCGAUCGAUGUCUGGCAGAUACAGCAGUGAAGAUUGUAAGUGCUGGGAGUGUUGGUUUAAUAGCUGCUGCAAUAUUUAAAAGGCAGUUUCCACUUUGGUUAGGUACUGGCAUGGGUUUCGGUAUGGGUAUUGCUAACUGCCGUCACGAUAUGAGAAAGUUGAUUCUUAGAUUUGCUCCUGGAAGCUUGCUUAGCAUUGCUUCCAUGGAUGAGAAACGGGUCGAUUGCCUUGAUUUGUUAACAUUUCAGGAUAUGUUGGAUAAAUUGCGAAAGAUCGAUGAUAAAAUAUUGUUUGAACUAAACACUGCUCUGCCUAGCGAAUCAUUUUCUUCCAAUAUGGACAAAGGCGAAAAAUGUCGUUCCAUUUAUAAGGAGUUAUUAACUAUGAGAGUUAAAAGGAUGAAUUUGAUACAACACUGUGUUGAUGAAAAUCAAACAAACAUUUCCCGUUUGCGAAAGGAAAAAUCCCCAAUAGCAGAUAUUCGUAGUGCUCAAAAUACUCUCCGAGUAAUCCGAUCAGAAAUGGAUGUAGAAAGCAUUGUCAAUGACCGGAGUGAAAAAGCUGUGCACGAUCGUUGUAGGACCUUCCUAUGA